GUGUACCUUGGACAGUGAAAGCGAGAAAGAAAACUAUGCUAAUUCUUUGGAUAACUGACCUACAAUGCAUUUGAUAAUUGAUACAUUUGCUUAUUUUGGAUAUUUAUGAUUUGGUUCAUUGUUAUUGGCAGAUGCGAAGAGGAUUGAUGAACUGAUUCAUCUUUAAAAUCUGGGAACCAAACUUCCUAUGGUUGUUACUUCCUGCUUGUUAAGGAUUAAAGUUCAUCGCUUAUUCCGAAGCUUUCACUCUGGAAAAAAAUUCUGUAAUCCAGGAACUGAGGAUAUUCUUUUCCAUGCAAUUUGCGUUAAUCUACGUCAUAAACAAUGGACAUUCUUGGAGAAGAUGGCUUCGAGUCUCUCAAAUUCGUUAGUAGCACGGGUGAUCCUAGAGUUUCAGUCCUCUCCACAGUUAACUUUGAAUUUCUUCAAUUGGGUAAGGGAACAAAAGAGCUUUUCGCAUUGUGUAGAAUCUUACAGUAUAGUAGUUCAUAUACUGGUCAAAGCAAGAAGGUUUGAUGAUGCUUUGUGUCUCAUGAGAUACUUGAUGCAAGAAAGACGUGUAUCCCCAUUGGAGCUGUUGGAAGCCUUGAUUGGUAGUUAUGAAACCUGUUUCUCGAGUGUUGCAGUUUUUGAUGCUCUAGUUAGGGCUUGUACUCAAAUUGGGGCAACCGAAGAUGCUUACAAAGUGAUUAAGAAGUUGCAGACGGUAGGUUGCUGGGUUACUGUUCACGCUUGGAAUAACUAUUUGGAUCAUCUCAUGAAGUUGGUUGAGACUGAUAAAUUCUGGAGUAUGUACAGGGAGAUGGUCUCUAACGGGUACACUGAAAAUGUGAUUACAUGUAAUUUGAUUGUUUGUGCUCUUUGUGAAGCCUGCGAAUUGCGUGAAGCCAUGUCAAUGAUAUAUUGGAUGUUGAAGAGGGGCAUUUUUCCCAAUAUUGUAACUUUCAACAUGCUCAUACAUGGGGCUUGCAUAGCAGGUGAUGUCCAAUUUGCCCUGGAGAUAAUGAAAAAGAUGGCUGCCGUGUUAGGGGGGGAUAUCAAACCCAAUUCAGUCACUUAUAAUUCCAUCAUAAAUGGUUUUUGCAAAGUUGGGAGACUAGCCAUGGUGGAAGAAAUUCGAGUCGACAUGGUUAAAAUGGGGAUUGAGCCAGAUGUAAGGACCUAUGCGAUUCUGAUCAAUGCAUAUGCAGCUGAAGGAAGUUUAGAAGAGGCUUUUAGGUUGUGCAAUGAGAUGGUUGAGAAUGGAUUGAUGUUUAAUUCAGUCAUAUACAACUCAAUUAUUCAUUGGCUUUGCAAAGAAGGAGACAUGGAAGAAGCUUCUUUGCUUUUCUCUGACAUGAUUGAGAAGCAUAUUUCUCCUGACAGGUUCACCUACUCCAUUCUCACACGAGGGCUUUGUAGUAAUGGGUAUAUAGGUGAAGCCAUUAGUAUUCAUAACCAAAUUGUAGAAAAUAACCUUGUGGAGGAUGCUUUCCUGCACAAUAUUCUUAUCAAUUACUUAUGCAAAGGCAGAAAAACCGAAAGAGCAAAACAAUUGCUCGCAUGUAUGUAUGUUCGGGGGGUCCUUCCCGACAUGGUCACAUAUACUACUAUGAUUGAUGGAUACUGCAAGGAAGGACAAAUAGAAGAUGCCAUUUGUGUGUAUGAUGCAAUGAUAAAGGAGGGUCAAAGACCCAAUUUGGUAACUUACAACUGCAUUCUUAAUGGUCUAUGCAAUGAAGGCCAUGUGGAUAUAGCAGGGCUUUUGGUGGAGGAGAUGAGGAAGAGUGAGUUACCACUUGAUGUUUUAACGUACAAUACCUUGAUAAAUGGGUACUGUAGUUAUGGUAAGAUUGCCGAGGGUUUUGCUUUGUUCCGGGAGAUGCGACAGGAAGGAGUUUUGGUGAAUGCAGUCACUUUUAAUGUGUUGAUCAACUUCCUGUGCAAGAAUGGUUGUAUUGAGCAGGGAAAUGAGCUCAUGAAAAGGAUGGCCUGUCUGGGCCUAACUCCUGAUUGUUUUACAUACACAACUCUUAUUACUGAGUCCAGUAAAAAUUCUAGUGUAGAGCAAGUGCUGGAGUUGCAUGAUUCCAUGGUACUAAUUGGAUUAGUUCCUGAUGAAUACACAUAUAGAGCCAUUGUUAGCUCGCUGGAAGAUCUACAUUAAGUUUGAGAGGACACUAUGCCCGCCAUUUGAGAACUUUUGGUUGGAAAACCUGGAA